UCCCUCUCCAUAGAGGUCAUUACCCUCUCCACCUCUCCUCCUCUCGGCUAUCUUAUCUCUGCAUUCAGACUCCAUUACUCCACUCAACACAGAGGGUUUUCCAGGCUGAUCUCAUAAACAUCUAAGACCAUGUUCUGGUGUAUACGUCUAUCCCUGGGACUCCUGUUCUUCCAUCUGGCUGCUGCUCAUGUCUUCUUAGACAGCCAAGUGGCCAAUCAAGUGCUGAAUCGAAGGAGAAGAGCUAACAGCAUUUUUGAGGAGUUGAAACAAGGCAACAUGGAAAGAGAAUGUGUGGAGGAGCGCUGUAACUGGGAAGAGGCGCGAGAGAUAUUUGAAGACAAAGAAAAAACUGAUGAAUUUUGGGCCAAGUAUAUUGAUGGAGAUGCGUGUAUAUCAUCACCCUGUGUUAAUGGCGGCCAAUGCAAAGAUGGAAUUGGCAGCUACGCUUGCUACUGCCAAGAAGGGUACAGGGGCUUCAACUGUGAAAUUGUUAUUCCUCAGCUCUGUGAGGACAGAAAUGGCGGUUGUGAACAUUUCUGCAAUGUGAUGCAGGGAAGAAUUCAUUGCUCCUGUGCUGAUGGAUACUUCCUGGCAUCAGAUGACAAAUCUUGCCACUCCAACGAAACGUACAAAUGUGGUGCCAUCAUCAGCAAAGCCGUUCGGACUGUUUUCUGGUAUGAGAGGAAAAACACAACAGACGGGAACAUAACUAAGUUUAACGGCAACAUCAACUUAACAACACAGCCUCAUGUCCAGGAUGCUGGUCCAGUGUCCUCAGUGACUGAGAACAAAAGCCAAAAUGUAGCAGAUUAUCCAAAUUUGGAAAAGAUGAUUCAGUCUGAAAUGGCGUCAAUGACUCGUAUUGUCAACGGGGAGGACUGUCCACCAGGACAAUGCCCAUGGCAGGCUCUCCUUGUGAAUGAAGAUAAUAUUGGGUUUUGUGGAGGAACAAUACUCAAUCAAUACAUCAUCCUGACUGCUGCCCACUGCAUGAACCAGUCGCGUUACUUCAACGUGAGGCUCGGUGAAUUUGACAGGUUGGUAAAUGAGGGUACUGAAGCUGACCAUAUUGUGGACGCGAUCCUCACCCACAGAGGGUACAAGGCAGACACCUACCACAAUGACAUUGCACUCAUCAAAUUAACCACACCCAUCAAGUUCAGCAGGUUCAUUGUGCCAGCCUGCAUUCCUGAGGCAGAAUUUGCUGAAAAGGUCCUGAUGCAGGAGCCGGAUGGCAUGGUCAGUGGUUUUGGACGUCUUGGCGAGGGUCGGGAGCCAUCCAGCAUCUUGCAGCGCCUAUCUGUACCUUAUGUGGACCGUCGAACCUGCAUCGAAUCCACUCCUUUACGUAUCUCGCAGCGGAUGUUUUGUGCUGGUUAUGACACAAUAGCCAAGGAUGCCUGCCAAGGUGACAGUGGCGGGCCUCAUGUCACACGUUACCGUGACACCUACUUUGUCACUGGCGUCGUGAGCUGGGGUGAAGGCUGUGCACGCAAGGGCAAGUAUGGUGUUUACACCCAGGUGUCCAAGUACAUUCAAUGGAUCCGUGAUGGUAUGAAGGUGCUGAUCCAAAAAAACAAGACCGGCUGCAGGAUGAAGAGGCACCAUGGCCAAAUAACAAGGCUUUAUCUGUAAAACAUCUGUCAACAUCCACUGAGCAGAGAUCAGCCAGACUUUGCAUCAUUCUUGUAAUCGCUAAUGAACAGUCAGAGAAACCUAUUUAUCCUAGUGCUGCAAAGAGCUGCAAAUCCUACCUGUGACGAACAGAAUUAGAGUCAGUAAUUAUUUGGGGGUUCCUCAGGGUACUACUCUUGGUCCUUUAUAUUUUUAAUUUUAUUUUAUGUAACAUUAAUUUUGUAUUAAUGUUUAUUUUUCCAGGGCAAUCAUCUGACAUCAUAUUUCUGAACAAUUCAAGUCCAUCAUUUCCUCUGGGCUCUGAUUUUGGUCUUAAUCUCCACUUUAGAUAUUUCGUGUUCUGGUUUGUUCACUGAUUCUUCUGUAAGUCUUGUUUGAUGGAAACUGUAAGUUUCCAUCAAAGAUGUAUACUAUCUCAAACAGGAUACAUCCUCUGAAAUUUGAUUUAAUACAUUUUUUUAGUAUAAUUACAUUUUUUUUUUAAACAGAAUGCAUUUCAUAAUCUCUGUAAUUCAAUGUUUUGUUCCAUGUAUGCUUCAUGAGUCACUGAUAGAAACAAGCUUUUAAACUGAACAUGAAGCAAAUAAAAGCAAACUAUAAAAACA